AUGCAAGUUCAGAAGGACUUCUGUUUCCUGCUCUCGACAAGGGCUGGUGGCCUGGGAAUCAAUUUGGCUUCAGCGGACACAGUCGUCAUCUUUGACUCUGACUGGAACCCCCAGAACGACUUGCAGGCACAAGCCCGAGCCCACAGAAUUGGUCAGAAGAAGCAGGUAAAUAUUUAUCGCCUGGUUACCAAGGGGACCGUGGAGGAAGAGAUCAUAGAAAGGGCCAAAAAGAAGAUGGUAUUGGACCAUCUGGUGAUUCAGCGCAUGGACACCACUGGCCGGACGGUCCUGGAAAACAACUCGGGAAGGUCGAAUUCAAAUCCUUUUAAUAAAGAAGAACUCACAGCUAUUUUGAAAUUUGGGGCAGAGGAUCUCUUCAAAGAGCUUGAAGGCGAGGAGUCAGAGCCUCAGGAAAUGGAUAUAGAUGAAAUUUUACGUUUGGCUGAAACCAGAGAGAACGAAGUGUCAACAAGUGCGACAGAUGAGCUCCUGUCACAAUUUAAGGUCGCCAACUUCGCAACAAUGGAAGAUGAAGAAGAGCUGGAAGAGCGUCCUCACAAGGACUGGGACGAGAUCAUCCCUGAGGAGCAGAGGAAGAGAGUAGAGGAGGAGGAGCGGCAGAAGGAGCUGGAGGAAAUUUACAUGUUGCCACGAAUUCGGAGUUCCACUAAAAAGGCUCAGACAAAUGACAGCGACUCUGACACUGAGUCUAAGAGGCAGGCCCAGAGGUCCUCUGCUUCCGAGAGUGAGACAGAUGACUCUGAUGACGACAAGAAGCCAAAGCGUAGAGGGCGCCCCCGGAGUGUGCGGAAGGACCUGGUGGAGGGAUUUACUGACGCGGAGAUCCGCAGGUUCAUCAAAGCGUAUAAGAAGUUUGGCCUCCCCCUUGAACGGCUGGAGUGCAUAGCCCGCGAUGCCGAGCUGGUGGAUAAGUCCGUUGCAGAUCUGAAGCGCCUUGGGGAGCUGAUUCACAACAGCUGUGUGUCGGCCAUGCAGGAAUACGAGGAACAGCUCAAAGAAAAUGCCAGCGAGGGGAAAGGACCAGGGAAAAAGAGAGGCCCAACAAUCAAGAUAUCUGGGGUUCAGGUUAAUGUGAAAUCCAUUAUACAACAUGAAGAAGAGUUUGAAAUGCUGCAUAAAUCUAUUCCCGUGGACCCUGAAGAAAAAAAAAAGUACUGCCUCACGUGUCGCGUCAAAGCUGCGCAUUUCGACGUUGAGUGGGGAGUGGAGGAUGAUUCUCGCCUCUUGCUGGGAAUUUAUGAACACGGUUAUGGGAACUGGGAGCUCAUUAAAACGGAUCCAGAGCUUAAGUUAACCGACAAAAUUCUGCCUGUGGAGACAGAUAAAAAGCCUCAGGGGAAGCAGCUGCAGACCCGAGCAGACUACUUGCUAAAGCUGCUCAGGAAGAGUCUGGAGAAGAAGGGGGCCGUGUCGGGCGGGGAAGAGGCCAAAUUAAAAAAGCGGAAGCCUCGAGUAAAGAAGGAAAACAAAGCACCCAGGCUGAAAGAUGAGCAUGGGAUUGACUUCUCUUCACCCAGACACUCGGACAAUCCGUCAGAGGAGGGAGAAGUGAAGGUAGGAAGCUUGACUUCAGUUGAGGGGUGUGUGUUCAGCUACAUGUAUUGUGCCGAUUGGUAUAAAACCGUUGGGAAUGUGUUUGGUUUACAUGAAGAGCAGACAACACGAAAUAGAAUGCGCAUGUCUCUGUGUAACCUGUGGGAGAGAAAUGUAGUUGUUCAUUGAAGUCGGCAGUUGCAAAUUCACAGGUAAUGGAAGUAAAUGAAGGGAACCCUGCGAGUUUAAUGAUAGAUGGCAAUUGAGACUCAG